CUCCAUACUAUAUGUCCCCAGAAAGAAUACAUGAAAACGGCUAUAACUUUAAAUCCGAUAUCUGGUCUUUGGGCUGUUUAUUGUAUGAGAUGGCAGCUCUUCAGAGUCCGUUCUACGGAGAUAAAAUGAACCUGUUUUCUCUGUGCCAAAAAAUAGAGCAAUGUGACUACCCACCUCUUCCAGCUGAACAUUAUUCUGAAAAGCUGCGGGAGCUGGUCAGCAUGUGCAUAUACCCCGAUCCGGAUCAGAGACCCGACAUCGGUUACGUGCACCAAAUAGCAAAGCAAAUGCACGUCUGGACCUCCAGCACAUGAGCGGCCGCGCGGACGCCAGCACAGCGCAGUCUUACUUGAAUCCUUUUCUCCGCUGAAGCUGCCUGGUGCCACGAGGGAGGGUGAGCACCCGUAGCAGGAGGCUCCAUGAUUUCUGCAGGUUAUUUGACAAGGACUCUCACGCGGUGGUCGUGCUUUAACGCGAAGAUUCUGUGAGGUAUUGCAAGUGAUUUUAUUUUGGAUUUUUUUGUUGUUUUUUUUUUUUAAAGCCAAUAACAUGUUACAGAUGUAGAUCAUUUAAGGGUCCUUUCUUCAAACU